GCAACCUUUCACGAGCAGCUGGGGUCGAUGAUGGCCGCGAACCUUGUCCCAUAUCCAUUGGAUUUUUCACAUGGGAUUAUCGCCGUAUUCAUCCUUCGUCGUUGACGAGACGGCUACAAAAACCAAGCGACAGCAUCUUUCCGUCUGGUAUUGACCCGAAUGAAGCUUGCUGGGUAAAUUACUCCGGAUCACGACCAACCCCCCUUUCUUACCACCACUGGAACGCACCCCUUGUUGAUUCUAGCAUUGGAACUGGGCCCUCCUAGGAACCGAGUCAUGGCUGCAGGUGAACCAUCUUACAUAGAUUAUGAGGCUUUCCUGGAUCCGGAUUUUUCGCCAGCCUCAUUUGCCAACUCGCUGGUGGUGGCUACCAACAAUGCGACAGACACACCGCUGGACCUGUCAACCCCGCUUUCACGGGUCCUGUUCGACCUCCAAGAGAUCGACACCCACAUUCACACGCUGACCACCAAAUCAGCCCUCCCCUUGCUGACGCACACGCGGGACCAAACCGCAGCAGCAAGCAAGAUACUCAAGGAGGCCGAAGACCAGAUUUCUUCUGUCUCUCAAGGGUACGAGAGACUCGAGCGCGAAGUCCUACACAAAUGGGAGGCGGCCGACGAAGCUAGGGUGGCCGCCGAAAAUUCCCUGGCCACCGUGCGUCUCACACGUGCGGUUGGACGCUGUCUUGCCCUCGGCCGGCAGCUCGAGGGCCAGAUGGCCGAAGUCAUCGGCCGUAGCAGUGGUGGCUUUGCGGGGGUUCCCUCGACUGGUGGUCCUGGAAUAGACGGAACAGCAUCUUCAACGCCUUCUUCUGGUCGGGAUGACUCGCGCGCGCUCGAGCGCGCCGCAUCCACCAUCGUGAGCCUGCGUCGGUUGCUUUCUGAUACGGGUGUGGGUGAGGAAGGUCAUGGGUUGGACCGGGUCCAGGUUAUUCGCACCUUGAGGUCCGAGCUCGUGAUUCCGGCGGAGAAUCUGGUCAAGACCAGAGCGCAGCAAGCGAUCAAUCGGUUUUCCAUGUCGACUACGCCGACAGGCAGUGCAGCAUCCUCCCAGUCGGGUUACAAACAGGCACGCGAUGCAAGAGCUCGACUCGUAUCCGCGGUCAAUGUCCUGUAUCUACUCUCUCCGGUUCCGGCGAAGGGCUGUGCGGCGGCAGAGUUCCAGCCAGAGCUGCUACUAUCAACAUUACAAGGGUACAUGCAGACGGCGAUUGUAUCAUCGCUAAAUAACCUGUCUCGCGCGCUGUCUAUGCUCCCAACUCUCGAACGCACCCUCUACGACCUCUCCGCACGAUGCCAGGAUAUUUUUGCUCUGGAAGCUAUCUUGAGUCACAUCCGACCCCCUUCUCAUCCCCUUUUCCCUCCGACCACUGCCUCCUCAGAUGACCAGCCACAAUCUCGCCCUGCAGGCAACAAGAGCAACCUUCUGCAACCGCUUCUUAACGCACUGGACACGGCCUCUCUACCUUCGUACUUCUGGCGGUCCCUGGCAUCUUCUCUUUCCGGACGCGUCCAGGAAAUCAUGAUUCGCGGCGGCGUGUCCGCACGCACUCUCCGGUCCAACCGAGACCGACUUAAGAGAGAGAUCCGCGACUGCGUGCUCCGGGGAUCGCAAUUGCCGGCGUCGACCGUCGGCCUUGAGAAGCGGUCGGGGGCCGAAACGCAGGGGAACUGGGAACGCGAGGCAGCGGUCAUGGUCAGUUCCAUGAUGAGUGUGCUAGAGCGGUAGCAUCGUACAGCUCCUUGCAGAGUUCAUAAAAAGGUGAAUUUGACUUGGUGGUGCUGUAUAUAUAUAUAUAUAUAUAUGUGUGUGUGUGUGUAUGUGUGUAUGUGUGUUUGUAUAGUGUCUACAUAAGCCCCAUUAAAACUAAUUAUGCAUCACUGUCACUAUCAUAACCUCUAUUUCUAUAUCUGAUCUCAUCCCUGUCUUUGGAUAAUAGUGUUAAGAAUAUAUACACACCUUUGUUGUAGGUGAUUAUGAUAGUUACAUAGGUAAGGU